CUUCUCCAUUCCCCGAUAUUCUAGAAUGCACGGCAAGGUUGGAGGAUAACGCAAAAAUGGGUUUAGAUUCGCCCAACAUGUCUGUGUGGAAUGGACACUUUAGAGAGACCACACUACCAAGCUACUACUUGACUGAUCCUAUCAAGUAUUCGCGUAUUAGUGCAGUGCUAUCUUAAACAACCAGCAAAUUUGCGAUGUCUCUAGUCCAGCACGUCACCGCAAACGAAGGCAUCGACCGCGUGCCCCAAGAAGGCGAAGAGGAGGGAACGGAGGAGAUUCUAUGGCGUACCCUCAGCUACGAUGUCUUUGCUCCCGGCGACGGCGGCGCCCCUGUCGUCUCCCAAGAGACUACCCUCCCUAACACCGCAGCCUACAAGGUCUCGGCUGCUAAGCGAGCUGCCCAGGUCGGAUUCGCAAUAAUUGCAUGCUGGUUCGCCGCAGGCAUCGUAUACGGCUUCGCAUCUCUCAAGCCCAUAUUAAUCGCAGAAGGCGUAUACAGCGACGCCUGUCCCCCCUCCGAUGAACAGAACGACAAGAGCAGCGACAGCGGCGAGCGACUGCCCUGUCCUGCGCAAGACAUGCGCCUGAACCUGUUCUUCAUUGCCGCCUCCAUCGCAACCAACACCUCGUCCCUGCUCGCCGGGUGGGUUCUCGACCGGUACGGGCGUCGCCUGUGCUACGUGAUCUCGGGCCUAUUUAUGAUCGCCGGGUGCUUGCUCAUGGGCCUCGCCUUCCAAAUCCCGGGGUUCGACGGGUACCUGCUCGCCAACAUCCUCUUGAGCCUCGGCGGCACAUUCGUCUUCGUAUCCAGCUUCCAGCUCGCGAACGCGUUCCCGAAGCACUCGGGCAUCAUCGUCGCCAUCGUCACCGGCGCCUUCGACGGGUCCGCCGCCAUAUUCCUGUUCUACCGGCUCGCGUGGGAAGCGUCCGGCCGCACCUUCGCGCCCGCGCGCUUCUUCUUCGGGUACGCCGUCGUGGGCGUCCUACUACUAGCCGGCGAGUGGGCGCUGAUGCCGGCGCGCGCGUACCACUCGACGCCGGAGCUCGAGCGCAAGCUCGAGAAGGCGCAGGACGCGACGCGCGACGCGCACGACUCGGACGAGGAGCUGCGGUCGCCGACGGCGAUACGCCGCAUGCGCGGCGCCCGCCAGGAGCGCCGCCUCUCGAAGCUGGAGCAGAUCGAGGAGCUCGUGGGCGACGAGGCGCGGCGCGAGGACCGCGCGCAGGCCGAGGCCGACCGGCACGCGGCGAGCGGCGUCUGGGGCGUGCUGCACGGCGUGCCGGCGCACCGCCAGAUGCUGACGCCGUGGUUCGUGCUGCUGCUGCUCCUCACCGUGCUGCAGAUGCUGCGCAUGAACUACUUCAUCGCCACCGUGCGGUCGCAGUACCGCUACCUGCUGCGGUCGGACAAGCUGGCCGAGGACGUGAACCACUUCUUCGACGUCGCGUUGCCGGUGGGCGGGGUCUUUGCCACGCCGUUUAUUGGGCUGCUGCUUAAUAACCUGAGCGUGGCGACCGCGAGCGCCGUUAUAACGCUAUUCAUCGCGCUGAUCGGCGUGCUGAACUGCUUGCCGCAGUUAUGGGCCGGGUACGCCACGGUCGUGGCCUUCGUGCUGUUUCGGCCGCUGUACUACAGCGCCGUCAGCGACUUCGCGACCAAGAUCUUCGGGUUCGCGACCUUUGGCCGAAUCUACGGCACCAUCACCUGCUUGUCUGGCUUGGUCAACUUCGUCCAGUCCGGGCUCGACGCGCUGACCCAUGGUCCGCUCGAGGACGAUCCGACGAUUAUCAAUGCCGUUAUGGCAGCUGUUGGAACUGUUCUCGGCGUGACGCUGACUACGUACAUUAUUGUCCAGGGCCGAUUAUUCCGUGCAAAGCUAGAAAAGAACGAAGCUGCUGAGAGGGUUCAGGAGCGACUGGGCUUGAUCCGGGAGGAGAGGGAGGCGGAAGAGGCUGGGUAUGGUACCAUUCAGUGAUUGGAAGAUACCGGUAUGAAUUAUCCCGCGGUAUACAAAAGGAGGAGAGAGUUUAAGGAUAUAUACGUGCGAAUGGAACAAAUGAUGUAGAAGAAAAGUUACCUAUGAUACACGCAAAGAAGACGAAAUGAUCAAGGCGCAAAAAGGGACUGAUAAAAGAGGCAGGCCUUAAAGACAGUCAGAUACAUUGAUUCGUA